AAGAGACGAGGUAAUGGAAAUGCAUUGACGGUUAGAGUUGUAUUAUUAAGUGUAGUAUAGUGAAAUGUAAAUAACCUAAACAGUAAUUAAAAAAUCUGGUAGAAAUUUUAUGUAUUGCUUUGUGUAUGAACCAGGAACGACACCUGCCGAACAAAUCCUGUUUUUUUUACAAACAGUCGACCAGUUCUGUGUUAUCAACGUUUCGAGAUCUCCGAGAAAUCGUCCAGAGCCACAGUAUCUGACACGACGUUUCGUUUUCGAUACAACAGACAACCUAUAAUAUUUUAUUUGUAGUAUAUAUAAAACCUAAUGAUAAUAUUAACCAUUGUCAUACGUUAUACGAUGUUAGAUCUAAUGAUAAUCUGAAAGUUAACAAAAUAGUUCCUGUGACUUGCUUUUUAUAGUUAUAAAAUCAGUAACUCUCAGAACAAUAAAUUAUUACAACCAAUAAGAAACCGUAACACCGGCUGAUUAACAAUGAACGAAGACAUUCCGACUUUCGAAUCAACAGAAGAAGAAAUUCGAUAUUUCAAGAGUUUAGCUUCGGAAUACAAGAAAAAAUGGCAAGAGAACCAGCAGGAAUUAGAAGAGUUCCAGGAAAGUAGUCGAGAGCUGGAAGCUGAACUCGAGGCCCAACUUGAACAAAUGGAAACACAGAGCCGAGAAUUAAGGUCUAUCAACACACGACUACAAAUGGAAUAUGACAGCAUUAAAGAGAAAUUGGACAUGAGUCACCAGGAGGGUUUUAGACAGAUUAAUAACCUCCAACAAGAAGUGUCCACUCUCAAAGCUGAAAAGGAAGAUCUCAUAAAAUAUGUCCGGAAGCUUGAACAGGCUAAUGACGAUCUUGAACGAGGAAAGAGAGCAACUGUCUCAUCUUUAGAAGAUUUUGAAACCAAGCUUAACUUUGCUAUUGAGAGAAAUGCUUUCCUAGAAAGUGAGCUAGAUGAUAAGGAAACUUUGGCAGCCAUGGUUCAACGUCUGAAGGAUGAAGCACGAGAUCUUCGACAAGAACUACUGAUUCACCAGAGUUUGAAUAAACAGAUUAAUAAUGACACUAUCUGCUUUGAUAAUGACAGAAAGGUAAAGAAAACCAUCAUAGAGGUUGAUUCCAAUAAACUGACAACAGAAAAUGAAACACAGACAACAUCACCAAAUAAAGUUUUGCAGUCUGCUGGUCAUACUCCACUGACUCCUUCAGCUAGAAUAUCUGCUCUCAACAUUGUUGGAGAUUUGCUGAGAAAAGUUGGGGCCCUGGAGUUAAAGUUGGCAUCUUGUCGUACUCUGGUCAGAGAACCACUACCAAUACUUGACAACGAGGGCCGUUUUAGCCCUAUUUCUCCAUCGAAGGUGCAACAGUUAACCAGAGGGUCAUCCUUGUCAAGUCAUUCGGACUGCAUCCAUCUUAUAGCAUCAUAAUUGUAAUGCCAACAUCAUUAAACUUGUUUUAGCACAGUAUGUACAUGUGGCUGUGGUAAGCUUUGUUCUAUCCACUCACAACAGGUGUAGCUUAAAUUCCAAACUCUCAGAGUACAUUUAUUCUUUGUCAUUGCUAGAUUACCUGCAAAGCUGUGUACAGAACUAAUAUUAACUGUACUUAUUCCUAUAGCUACUGUUCAGUGUGUUGCACAUUUUUUGAAAUGUAAUUUAUGAAGAUGAAGUAAACUGCUGAUCUUGAUUCUCCUUUUCUGGAAAUGAUAUUAGUUGAUCAAGUAAAUGUUUGUGACAGGUACAUAUCUUUGUUUGAUUACUUAUCAGUAUGCAAAAAGUGAAGUAGUAAUCUUGUGUAUUGUUAAAAAAUUCUUUCUGACAAAGCAACAAUUUAAUAUAUAAGGAGACAAAUCUGGGUUAAUAGUUUUAUUUGCUUCUUGCAAGCGGUAACCAAUUUUUUAAUGAUCUCUCCAGGAGGAAAUCCUGUUUGAAAGUUUUGUGUUACAAAUGAUAAACAUAAAAACCAGCUCCAGGUUCUUAGCUGUAAUCGCAUGCUGAGUGAGUUUCAGCUUUACUGUUAAUUCCACCUUGAGUAAGAAUUUCUGAAGUGUGCAGAACUGCCCUUUGCAAAAAAUUC